AUAUACGUCAUCACACUGCGCCGUCAAACAUUACGCAAGUGUGUAGCUACUUUUUGCUAGCUGUUCUACACUGCCGUGUGGACCAUCAACAUAUCUUAAAGUUUGAUUUUUGUUGUAGUUGUUUUACUUAGAAAGAACCAGUCAUGGCAAUGCAAGCAGCGAAAAGAGCGAAUAUUCGUUUACCCCCAGAGGUAAACAGGAUAUUGUACAUACGUAACCUUCCUUACAAGAUCACUGCAGAGGAGAUGUAUGACAUAUUUGGGAAGUAUGGGCCAAUUCGUCAAAUCAGAGUUGGGAAUACACCAGAAACCAGAGGAACUGCAUAUGUUAUUUAUGAGGACAUCUUUGAUGCCAAAAAUGCCUGUGACCAUCUUUCCGGGUUCAACGUCUGCAACAGAUACUUGGUUGUAUUGUACUAUAAUGCAAACAGGGCUUUCCAAAAAAUGGACACAAAGAAAAAGGAGGAGCAGCUGAAAAUUCUCAAAGAGAAAUAUGGCAUAAACACAGAUCCACCAAAAUAGUCAACAUAUAUGCAUCUAUUGCUUUGUUUUCUUUCCUCCACCCAUCUCAUUUUUAUUCGAACCCAUGAAAGUAAUUAUUGUUUUAAAAAUAACUGUUGAAUACCUGUUCAUUCUUCAGCCUGAAGUUUUGUUAUAUAUUGACCUGUUUUUUCUCAGUAAGUUUUUUGUUGAUAUUGAAUAUGUUUAAAUGCACAGUUUGUUGUAUUAAAUCUGAAAUGUUUUUUUUUUAAACUG